CUGUCCAGGCGACUCUGCUUGUAGUCGUAGACAAAAUUGUUUUGCGUUGUGUUCUGAGUUUUAAGUUGACUUUUCGCAUAUCAAAAACAACUUUCACAAAAGUAAAUUGGUUGGAAUGAAACUUCGUGAUUUUUUUUAGCGUAUUUUCAAGAUUUUGGAGUUUUUCGGUUUUUUCUACUGAGAAUGUAAAGUGUCAUUUUUUAUUUUUCUGUAGAGAAUAUUAUCUUGAAAAAAAAAAAGGAAAAUGUUUUUUUUCUACUGAGAAUGUAAAGUGUCCUUUUUCUCGUGCGCUAAUUUUUCUUUUUUUUUCCUUUGCCUUUUUUUUCCUUUUCCUUUUUUUCUAAUCCGAAUCUUAAAUGUCCUAUAUAUAGGGAACAUUCUUACUAUCUCUAUCAAAAAGUUUUAAUCUUCUCUAUCUACUCAAUCUUGCAUAAUGGCACCCAAAGGAAGAGACGAAGAAAUAGACGGCUUAGUAAUUGUCCUUUUGUUUUGUUUGAUUGCCUUCAUUAUUAUGCUUCCUUGUGCUCUUAUUAUUUGGUUAGAUGGACAAACUCCCGUGCCGGAAAUAGAAGUAGCUUCUAUGGAUUUCACGAUACAAAACAUUACACAAACUCAUCUCAGUGCCACUUGGGAUUUAUUGACAAGGAUCCCCAGUACGCUUCCUGAUAACUAUAUAUGUCUUCAAGGAGACCUUCAAGCUUCCUUGUUUUACAAGAAUAUUACCAUUGCUAUCUCCUCUAGACACAGGUACGAGAAUCUCAAGCUGAACUCGCCUCAACAACUUAGGGUUUCAGCUUCUAUCUAUGAAGAAGAUAUAGGAGGUUUGAUUGGAAAAAACAUUAUCAAAGAUAUCAAAGAGAAGAAGGAAGUGAAGUUCGGAUCACAGUUGUUUCUUACGGAUUGUAGAAAAAAGUCGACUGGAGUUAUGAGGUAUGCGUGCGGUGAAACCACCUUACGGUUCGAGCCGGGUUCUGAGACAAAGGCCACUUCGUUUGGGAACAAGAACAACCCUACUUGCGUCUAUUUUUGACUUGUUUUCUUUAUUUUAUUAAGUUUGCAAGGGUUUUGUUUUAUUUUUUUUACCGAAACAACAUUAUUUCAUUCAUUCAGUCUACAAUCUCUAUACUUUAAUAUGAAAGUUGAUUAGUUGGAAAUACAUGACUCGUCAUGAUCUAAGAAUAGGAAUUGGAUUUAACACAUAAAUCUGGUCCACUAAAAGUUCAUUCUACACAGGUUGGUUCAACAUAUAUAUGCGGUUCAUUGGCUACGUCCAACUAGCUUGUCCAAGGGUUACCUCGAAAUUUGAGGUAGAAAGCUCGAUAUUCGAAACAUAAAACUCCAGACUAAGUCACUUUACAGUCAAACAGUUAAUCAACAACCCGAGAUCCAAAAGAUAAAUCAAGUUUGCUAGCUGGACACAUGCCACCCAUUAGGAUACCACGAAUGCACUAAAACACUUAUACGCUCUGAGAGCUAUAUUAUAAGUUUUAAUGUUAUUUGUAAUCAUAUUACAUUCAUUAUCAGUAUUGAUCCGGUUCGACAAAACUAUUUUGAUUAUAGUUUUCCUGUAGAGAACAUUCUCUAACGUUUCUGUAAACCUAUUUUUAUAUAAAAAAAUUUGAUUUCAGAUUUCGGAUUUCUAGCAUUUUCCAAACAUUUAUAGCGUUCUCGUGUAUAACUGAUUGGACUUGAUGUUCCAUGUAACACUCUCCAAAUAAGUUACAUCAUAAUAUAUCUUUAUUAUAAUAUAACUUAAACGUUGUAGCUAAUUAUUAUUUAUUUUGGUAUGUAUUAUGGCACUAAUCUGAUGGAUCGUUAUCUGCAUGUUCUCUUGUUGAUUUGGGAUAAAGAGGUGAUCUCCCUUUGCAGAUAUGCUCCUUGCAUGGAAGAAGAUUGUGAUUGUAAAUAUUCAAGUGAGAAACUACUCAAACCCAGUAACAAAUCCGCUGUUUCGUUACAGCUUGAUGGAGGAUUUUAUCAUGAUCGUUACAGUGACAUAGCAAAACUAUCAUUAACU